ACGCGCACGUAUGUGUCAUCCGUUUGUUUACAAAAUCUUGGCACCUUCAAACAUCGACAAUGCGGCGAACAAUGAACGAAAGAUCAAGAUUGAUCGACCGCCAUAUAUGAACGCCACUCGGACACGCGAUAUGCGUUUCGUGCUGUAGUUCCUCCAAGUGAAUACUCGUCGCGAGAAGGUAACAUAACCUGACGUAACCUCAAAACCGCGCGCGUUUCACGGGUUGUACCGGGUUGCGCGCGAUGACGGGCCGCCGCGAGUGCUUUUGAUUAACGGUGCGGUGUGCGCUCGAGAACUCGCUAUCGGUGGCAGGGAAUCCUCUAGAUGGAUAAUGAGUGAGUCCGAUGACACGGACGUCCUGCUCCUGAUCCCGCCUGAUAUAUUCCACGUGCCGUCCUCCGACUCGGACGUCAGCUCGAGCGAUCUCACGAGAACGGAUCGCGCCAAGACCGGCGUCAUCUCGGAGCUGGUGGAGCACAUGCAAUCGCUCGAGACCCGGAUCUCCGCCAUCGAGUCCAGGGACAAUAGUCUGGAGGUGUCCGUGUUGAACAAUUCGUUGGACUCUCACGGAGCCUACGGUGGCACGUGUUGCCCUUACUAUCGGCAGACUCUGCCCAGAACCAAGUUCUCUGUAAGUCAAAGCUCCAGUCUGCAAAAUACCACCGUGAAACCUCGUCAGUCUCUCUCCGUUCCCGUUACUCCCAGCGGAUGCACGUCGCAGACUUCUACUAAUUCUCUGAGGAAUGACAUGCGACCGGGAUGCUGCUCUCUGACAGCCUCCGUCGCUAAAUCAACCACUACUACUAUUACUAACACUCUUGCUCGGGCCAAGCAUGAUGGUGUAACAUCGUACUCCGACUCCUACGUGGUGCCUCCUCCUGUUUCCUGUGGUACUGGGCUUCCGCAUGCCACUAUGUCCGCGCAAAAGGAAUCUCACUUGUCUCUCCGUUCGAAUGAUUACUGUACAAAUAAAGUUAACUCCCACCCUAAACCCCACAAUAAUUUGCAUCCCGCGAUACUCGCAUCGAACUUAUCUAACGCCUCGAUAGGUCAGCAGCACACCCGUACUAGAAUAGUGCAAGAGAUGGAGCUGGCCGAGGUCGACGAGCUGCUCCAAGAGAUGGAGGCCACCGAAUUAGAAUUAGCGAAAAGAAUAAACAGCACCGGGUAUCAGUAUCGUAAUGAACCGGUUCAGUCCUCAGCUCGAAUCGCUGAUAGCACGGAUAAGCAGGAAAAAGAGACGCAGCGCAGGCUCAGUGGGACAAAUCGAAAAUUGGACUUCCAGUCGUGCAAUAAAGAGUCUCAAUCGACUGAUGUUUUGUCAACGUUUUCCCAAAAGAAAUCGAACAGUGCAUUCCCCGAUGUAUCAUUGCCAUACAGUGAUUCAUUCCACUUGGACGAGACUGAUAAAAUGAUCUCCGAAUUUAAAACCUGGGAACAAAGCGUCCAGCAGUCUGCCCCACGGCCAAAUGGAUAUACGAUGGAAAGUAUGAAAAGUACCGAUCAUCUAUCCAACGUGCUAUCUGCCACUAUCAACGUUGCUAAACCGAGGGAGCUAACGAUGAACCAAAGUAAUGUAUGCACGAACGAAUCGAGCGCAAGCAGCGCACAGGUUGAGUCGAAAUCUUCCACUAUGAAAGUAGAUCCUGUGUCACGCGUUACUGAGUCAGUGAAAUUAGCUGAUCUUCUGCCAACGAGAACUGUGCAAUACAGCAAUACAGAUCGCUUGUUGGAUCUAUACAAAGUGCCACAGCGUAAUGGAAAUUUACAUGAUAAUAAAGAAAAAUUUGAACUUGGUAAAAGCACCGUGCACGUUGGAACAAAUACAGAUUCUCAGUUAAGAAAAUGUCAGCGCAUCUUGUCACUCUCGGAUUUUUGGGAUACUAAUCCAAUCAGGUCGCAUGAAGAAACGCUUAGAAUCAAGCUCGAGGAAGAGAAAUUUCGCAGAGAGCAUUGCGAGCAUCUGAUACAGGAGCUUCAGAAACGCCUGCUGGAACAGCAGGAAAAGGUGGCGGUAGCGGUUAGAGUGGACAAUGAGAAGAAUGUUUUGAUAUCUCAAUUUCACGCGGCUUGGUCGAAGUUGAAACAGCAAGUCGAAAUGCUGGAGACGGAACACAGAAGCUCGCGGACUAAUCUGCAAAAUGUCACGGAGAAGCAUCAGUCCGAAGUCGCGGAACUUCAAUCUCAGAUCAAACGUCUCGAACGGGAAUUAUCGAAAGCGUUAGACUUGGCAGCCGGAUAUAAAGAGAAGAGCGACACCACGAAUAAAGAGAAAAUCGAUUUACUGAAGACCCAUGCGGACGAAUUAGAAAGUUACAAAUCCUUGGUUCAAGAGGCGGAGAAUCGAUGUGAACAAAUGAAAAUUGAAUUCAACGCACUCUUGGGGAAAAGCCAGCAGAGAGAGGAGACAUUGAGAACCGUGCAAUCAGAGUUGAAUAGGGAACGUUUGAGGGAGACUGAGGUGCGAAACGAGAUGGGCCUGAUUCGUAAAGCGUUAGACACCUGCGAAGCCGAAUUGAUAGUGCUCAAACAAGAGAAGGAGCACAUGCAGCUCAAGCUCAAAGAGGAGAUCAACAGGAAUUCGAUUUUAGAGCAAAAGAACUCGUCGCUGCUUGUAUCCAUCGAUGACGCUAAGAAAGCGGAAAAAUUAGCGAAGGAUGAAAUCAAGUCUGUCGCGGAGCAAAAGGAAAAGAUCAGGGCGGAAUUGCAGGAAGUUUAUCAGAAACAGGUGGACGAGGUGGUGAAGGCGAAACUGCAGGAAUUUCAGACGCAGCUCGACACCGCCGAGUCUGACUUUUUAGAGGAGAUGAAAACAAGGCAGCAAGUUAUAGCCGAAUGCGCUGCCAGGAAGAUAAAGGACGUCAUCGACAAACAUCAUUUGGAGAUUAACUUAUUGGAGGAGAAGCACAAAGAAGAGAAACGGUUGUGCGAACUGCAAUUGGCUCAAGCCCUGCAGAAAUCGUCUAUGUUGGAGACGCACUUGAAUUCCCAGCGCGCCACCAAGUCCCAGCUUGCGGAACAGUUGCACUCGGUCAUGCAGAAACAAUGGCAGCAAGCUCUGCACAUUAUAUCGGGUGGUAACACGGACAAUUUAGCUCCGAUUCAAAAGAUUCACGCGGACAAAGGUCCCGUGAAGUCCGAAUCAAUGCCAAAUUGUCACGCUAAACUUUCCCAGGAGCCGACGAGGUACGCGCCGCAAUCGUUGGAGGUGCAAACCGGCGUGCAACCCCUUGACGAUCAGAACGAAAGCGCGGUCACGAUCAAUUCUAUUGAUAAUACGCCGUUGACUAGUAGAAACGGCUCGAAGGAUGACCUUCGGAAAUACGUGAAAAUGUUGGACGCGAACCUUUUGCAGAUCGCGGAAAUGCAGCUGGCGAGGGAGGACAUCACGAAGCACAGAAACUCCAUUUCGAGUCCGCCGUUGGUGUGCAGAGAGGUGCCGCGAAAACAUUAUAUGAAGAAAGAAUUAAGCAUCAAGAGCGAGGACAGCAUUUCAUGGCAGCCAAUUCCCGAGCGGACCAGCAGAGAAGUAAGCCUCCUUGGAAAUGACACGUCAGUUAUGAAGUCAACGACGACGUCGACGACACCGAAGGCGUGGACGAACUCGAUCGCGUUAGCUGAAUUCGAUACGGUGUAACUUAACUAGCAGUAACGCCGGCUUUUGUACGACAGAUUCCCCAAUAUCUAUUUUUUAACGCGAAGAAUUUAAUAAAAGGACGUUUUUACACUUCGA